UUAAAGAUUUUAGUGGUAAUUCAGCAUUGUUCGAAGUCAGUCGCCUUCCAUUUGAAGUGUUUCACUAAGGCCAGUUCAGUCGGUUGUGCAAAUUACAUUGUAAUUUCCAGUAACAAGAAGGAUAAUUUUUACACUAUGACGGAAAUAAAGUCAACUAUCAAAGAGCAGAACGCGACUCAACAGCAUGGUGCUCUUGAUACGGUUCAUAGUACCAGUCUUCAUCAGAAUAAUUCUUCGGCAACUGCAAACGCGAAAAAGCAUCUCAAGAAGCAAACAAGUGCCUUUGACAAUAUAGCUUUCCACCUUGGGAUCAAAAAGACAGAUAAUGAUCAAGUCGAUGAUCGAAACCUAUUUGUUACUCUACUGCAACUACUGGCGUACUUCUGUGUCCCGAUUAUUGCGGAUACAGGCUUUAUGACCCCCAAAAGUGCCCAAGGUCAGCGAGUGCUGGGCGUGUUAGUUAUUCUUUUUAUUGCGAGCGUAACUGGAUUCUUCGUAAUGUGGUUCACUGAUGUAUAUGACAAUUCUUUGUUAGAGAAUCUUAAACUGAGUUAUAACUCAACGGCAGCUGAAUGGUGGGAAAAACCGCCAGUCAAUCCACUAUUAAAAGUGCACAUAUUUAAUUACACCAAUAUAGAGGAUUUUUUUAGUGGAAAAGCAGAGAAGCUUAAAGUUGUGGAUUUGGGCCCUUAUGUGUACCAUGAAACUGCGGAGAAAGUGAAUGUUAGUUACCAUAAAAAUGGAACAAUAUCUUAUAAAGAACUACGAUCCUACCAGUUUCUGGCAAAUCAAUCAAGUGGAAUGCAGUAUGACAAGGUUGUCGUCCCGAACAUACCAAUGAUAACGGCGAUUUCACAAAGCUCCGAUGAAUCUAUAUUCAAAAAAAUGCUGUUGAAUACCGCUCUGUCCGGCGUCGAUGCAAAAGCAUUCAAAGUCUUACCCGUAGAUUUAUUUCUCUGGGGAUAUGAAGAUGAACUCUUGAAACUAGCAAAAAAGUUCUCAUUCGAUAGUGAAAUGCCAUUUUCCAAAUUUGGUAUACUAAUGACGCGAAAUGGCACUAGCUCUGAAACAUUUACAAUUUAUUCAGGAGAAAAGGACUUGAAGCAGCUUGCUAUUAUAAAGGAUUUAAAUGGAAAAUCAUCUUUAGAUAUCUGGACAACUGAUGAGUGCAACCGAGUUGAUGGAACAGAUGGAUCACAAUUUCCUCCUCAUUUGAUGGACAAACGACAAACUCUGUAUGUUUUUAUAAAAUCAUUAUGUCGCAAAUUUCCACUACGGUAUGAAAAAGAAGUGACCUUAUUCGACGGUAUUCCUGCUUGGCGUUACAAAGCACCAACAGAUGUCUUUGCUCAUCCCAGUAUUAAUGCAGAUAACCAGUGCUUCUGCCAUUUGGGCUCUGCGUCUUGUCCACUAAGUGGUUUACUAAAUGCAACCUUGUGUUCCUAUGGAGCUCCCAUUUAUGCAUCGUUCCCACAUUACUACACUGGCGAUAAGAAGCUUCUUGAAAUGGUGGAAGGUUUAGAUCCUCAGAGAGAGAAGCAUGAAACGUUUGCUGAUAUUCAUCCUAGACUAGCGUUUCCGAUAGAUGGUGCCUCCAGGUUUCAAAUAAACAUUGAGGUGAAAAAAGCAUCAUACAUAUCAGGCUUAGAACCAUUUAAAGACGGACAAAUCUUACCAGUCAUUUGGUUGGAAGUAGUACCUGGGUACAUAUCUGAAGAACUGCGAAACAUGAUUUAUCACAGCACCUUUAGCGCCAAUGCUAUACAAUUUUCAUUCAAAUAUGGAUCCUUACUCAUCUGUGUGACUACAUUUGCACUGCUGGCGAUGACUUGUUACUUCCGUACGAAAAACGCGGACGAUAUUAAUGAUGAUGAACCAGAAGAUCAGCCUACCAUGAAGCUUAAUUCAAUAAGCAGUGAAAUAAGAUCUUAACCAUAACAACUACCACAAUAAUUUCUGGGUCCAAAAGACAAUUAUACGAAUGAUCUGUUUGACUACUCAUUAUUCUUCGUGUAUAUACCUAAAUGAAGUAAAUCUAGGCAACUUGUUUUAAAUUUGCAUCCAUCCCAUUUACAUUAACGAUUGCGUCUAAUACUUAUGACACACAUGUGAUACCAGAAUCACUGUACAAUUGCGCUUGAAAUGAGUGCCAUACUGAAAAUUCUCUCAGUUGAAGUCAGUCUUGUCAGAAUUUUCUUGACACUGCGUACCGUUGUACAGGAAUCACACUCGUAUCACAUGUCUGUCCGGGGUAUAAGCUGGACUGCAUCAAAGGUUAGCCACUUUUGAUUUUUUGAAAACAUUGAUUUUGUUUCCUAAUAAACCAAAGCAACUUAAUUGUAGAUUAAA